CCGAUGUAAUUUGACACUUCAACUUACUGCGCUCCGCCGGAGUCUAUCCACUAUACUCGCUCGUUGACGUUGAGCCGUUCGCGGGGGAACCAUAUUUAAAAACAACAAGAGGCGACAAUUCGCGAGGACUUUCUCCGCUUCUCCCCCCCCCAAGCCGGUGCAGAAAACGUCGGAGUGCUGGGGUGUUUCUCCUCCUUCAGUGUGGAUGGGAGGGGGUGUCAUCCGAGGCGAAGAACCGAGGAUUAACUUCGAAACACAGAGGGCUGCAGUUUAAUGGCUGGCAGGUAGGGGCCAAAGAGGGACAAACAACAUGAACUCCAUUCCGUCCAUGGACAGACACAUCCAGCAGACCAAUGACCGGCUGCAGUGUAUCAAACAGCACUUACAAAAUCCAGCAAAUUUCCAAACGGCCGCCACCGAGCUGUUGGACUGGUGCGGCGACCCCCGAGCCUUCCAGCGCCCUUUCGAGCAAAGCCUAAUGGGAUGUCUAACGGUGGUCAGCCGUGUCGCAGCGCAGCAAGGCUUCGACUUGGACCUGGGCUACCGACUCCUGGCGGUGUGCGCUGCCAAUCGCGACAAGUUCACCCCAAAAUCGGCAGAAACCAACUGCUGCAGGAGGUGUCAGUCUGAUUCAGCACUUCUGUCGUCCUGGUGCGAGGAACUGGGACGCCUCCUCCUCCUCCGUCAUCAGAAGAACCGGCAGAACGAGCCACCGGGGAAAGUGCCCAUGCAGCCCCCCAUGAGCUCUAUGAAGCCUGGCCUCUCACAUGGAGAUGGGUCUUUUCCUUAUGACUCGGUCCCCUGGCAACAGAACACCAACCAACCUCCGGGCUCGCUCUCCGUGGUGACCACGGUCUGGGGUGUCACCAACACCUCACAGAGCCAGGUUUUGGGGAACCCCAUGACCAACAAUAACAACCCCAUGAAUCCAGGAGGUAACCCAAUGGGUUCAGGGAUGUCAGGUAACAAUCCAGGGAUGAACCCGUCGCAGUUCCCCGGGCCUCAGCAACAGUUCCCCAACAAAGGCAACCCAAACCAGGCUUACAUGCAACAGGGCAUGUACGGGCGCCCUAGCUACCCCGGCGGAGGAGGCUUUGGUGGAAAUUACCCUGGGGGCCCUAAUGCUGGACCUGGAGGCAUGGGCAUCCCUCCACACUCCCGUCCACCGUCGGACUUCACCCAGCCAGCAGCUGCUGCUGCGGCGGCCGCUGUAGCCGCUGCCGCCGCCACGGCGACCGCCACUGCCACCGCCACGGUUGCCGCUCUGCAGGAAACUCAGAACAAGGACAUGAAUCAAUACGGACCAAUGAGUUCCUCUUUCCAGAUGGGACCAAACCAAGCAUACAAUAGCCAGUUCAUGAACCAGCCAGGACCCCGUGGACCCCAAUCUCUCUCUGGUAACAUGGGCUCAGGCAUGAAUGCAUCCAAUAUGAGUGGACCCCCAAUGGGGAUGAACCAGCCCAGGGGCCAAAGCAUGGGGCCCUUCGGGGGUCAUGGUCAAAGAAUGCCCCAGCAAGGGUAUGCUGGACCCCGGCCACAGGGCAUGGUUAUGCAGGGCAUGAAGAGGCCAUAUCCAGGGGAGCCAAACUAUGGGGGGCAGCAGUAUGGACCAAACAACCAAUUUCCUAACCAGCAGGGCCAGUACCCAACACCCAACGCUUCUAGGCCGCUGCCGUCCAGCAACUACCCCGGUCAACGGAUGGCAGGACAGCAGCUCCAGUCCCAGUAUCCACCACCCAGCGGUCCUAUGGGACAGUAUUAUAAGCAAGAGCCACCUUUUAACGGCCAAACCAACAACUUCUCUGGGAGUGGUUACCAGUACAGCCAGGGGAAUAUGAAUGGACCACCCAGACCCAUGGGCAACUACCCCCACUCUCCAGUGCCGGGCAACCCCACCCCUCCAAUGACCCCAGGAAGUAACAUCCCUCCGUACCUAUCACCCAAUCCGGACGUGAAACCACCAUUCCCUCCUGACAUCAAGCCAAAUAUGUCCGCUCUUCCUCCACCACCAGCCAACCACAAUGAGGAGUUGCGCCUCACCUUCCCAGUGCGUGACGGCGUGGUCUUGGAGCCUUUCAGGCUAGAGCACAAUCUGGCUGUCAGCAAUCAUGUCUUCCACUUACGGCCAUCAGUGCACCAGACUCUUAUGUGGAGUUCUUUCUCGCUGUCCAGGUCGGACCUCGAGCUGCAGUUCAAGUGUUACCACCACGAGGAUCGCCAAAUGAACACCAACUGGCCGGCGUCGGUACAAGUGAGCGUCAACGCCACACCGCUCACCAUCGAGCGGGGGGACAACAAGACGUCCCACAAGCCCUUGCACCUGAAGCACGUCUGCCAGCCGGGCAGGAACACCAUCCAGAUCACGGUCACCGCCUGUUGCUGUUCCCACUUGUUCGUUCUGCAGCUGGUCCACAGGCCGUCGGUCCGGUCCGUCCUCCAGGGUUUACUGAAGAAGAGGCUCCUACCCGCCGAGCACUGCAUCACCAAAGUCAAGAGGAACUUCAGCAGCGUAGCAGCAUCCUCGGGCAACGCUGCCCUCAACGGCGAGGACGGCGUUGAGCAGACGGCGAUCAAAGUGUCCCUCAAGUGUCCCAUCACCUUCCGGCGAAUACAGCUCCCCGCAAGAGGUCACGACUGCAAGCAUGUGCAGUGUUUCGACUUGGAGUCGUACCUGCAACUGAACUGCGAGCGAGGCACAUGGCGAUGUCCUGUAUGCAAUAAAACAGCUUUGUUAGAAGGCCUGGAGGUGGAUCAGUACAUGUGGGGCAUCUUGAACGCCAUCCAAAACUCGGAGUUCGAAGAGGUGACGAUCGACCCGACGUGUAGCUGGCGGCCGGUGGCCAUCAAAUCAGAAAUCCACAUCAAGGAGGACCCUGACGGUCCUCUCGCCAAGAGGUUUAAGACCAUGAGCCCCAGUCAGAUGAUCAUGCCCAACGUGAUGGAAAUGAUCGCCCAGCUCGGCCCCGGACCCUCGCCGUACUCGUCUCAACAGGGCGGCAACAACAGCGAAUACGGCGGUCAAGGCAACAGUUACCAAGGCCAUGGCAACUUUGACUUCCCUCACGGCACGCCGGGCGGGACGUCGAUGAACGACUUCAUGCACGGCCCCCAGCUGUCCCACCCGCCUGACAUGCCCAAUAGUCUAAUGACGCAAGACAAGCCUCUUUCGCACAACAUGGCUGACUCGAUACCUCACUCUUCCGGCAAUGAGCAGUCCCAUGGUCCAUUGCAGCAGAGCUUACAUGGGUCGCCACACCCGGCGAGCCAACACCACAGCGGACCCCCGCCACCCUCGCGACAAGCUCCGCCCCCUCCUCCUCAGCAGCAACAACAGCAGCAGCAGCAGCAGCAGCCCGGCUCCAACAGCCACCCCCAUAGCGACCUGACCUUUAACCCCUCCAGUUUGGACAGCCAAGCCGGCUCGGACAUGCCGGAACCUUCUUUAGACCUUCUUCCAGAGUUGGCCAACCCUGACGAGCUCUUGUCCUACCUGGACCCUCCGGACCUCCCCAGCAAUAGUAAUGACGACCUCCUGUCGCUGUUUGAGAACAACUGAGGCGUGUACCGGGGGCGUGGACUUUAUAGCGCCCGGACGCCGCUCCGUACUUGACGAACACAAAGAUGCACUCCCCCUUCUCUUCUUCCUCUUGUACAGUUUUACUUGGGAACACAAAAGACACGUCGGGAAGUCCUUUCGAACUGUGCAGCUAAAAAUCACCCGUUGUUUUGAACGCCACGCAAACACUUGUAGCAUUUUCACCCGGCUGGAAAGAUCCGGCAUGUUGUUGUUGUUGUUGUUCCGUGGGGAGAGGCCACCACACAUCAUUUAAUAGCACAGGAGAUCCACACCACGCAAAACAAACAAUGAAGAUGAAUAACUUUCGAUUCAUAGAUGUUCCUUUUUACUACGAUUGUGAUUUUUUUGUUAAAAACUGUUUCAUAUGUUUCUACAAAGUCAUGAAUCGCUAGGGAUUAGGGAUGGGCAUAUUUAUAUUUUAUUUAAUUCAAUAAUUUAAGCAUUUUAUUAUUAAAAUGACUGUUGUAAAAAAAACUAAAAAACUAUAAAAUAUGUAUCUUGAUUUAAAAGUUAAAUUGUAUUUUUAGAUGGCAAAAAAUACUAACUUGAUUUUUUCUUUAAUUAAAGUAAAGCAGUCAAUUUAUUUUGCUUGAUUUAGGAUGUGAGCAUUUUCUUGCCACCUUUUAUUCAUUUAUUUUAUCAUCAAGGCCGCAAUUGUCUUUUGCAGUGUUGAAAUUUAAGACCAACUUACUUACUACAACCACGAAGUAUGGACACCACAGACUGGCCACUCUAGCUCUUAAAAUAAAUGUUAUCACGUGUAUACCGUAUUUUCUGGCCUAUAAAGCACACCGGUAGUUAAGCCACAUGCACCAAAUUUUAAAACAAAAAAAUAUUUGUACACAUUAGCCGCAUCGGACUAUAAGCCGCAGAUAUAUAUUUUAUAAAUGUUUAUUUACAUACGUAAAUAGUGCCUGUCAUAGGGCAGUAAAAUGGCUGAUCAAACAAAACAGAAGUCAUCGUCAUGGAACCACCAGCUGCGGAAGCAGGCUCUCCAAUUAUUUAAACCGACUAAAUAAUUCCACAGUGACGUUUUGAUCAAAUUACGAAACUGAAACACAAAUACAAAAAGAAUGCCGCUAUAAGUUAAUAAUACUAACACAGACAAAUGUGUUAGCAUAUUCGCUAAUGCUAACGAUACUAGCUUGAUUGCAGUAUGAUAGCGCGUACACAUAUGCAUGAAAACAAUCCUACAAACAUCACACAUGGGACGGUUUAGUAAUUAUGUAUUUUUUUUAGUUACAUUGUAAAACUAACAAACUCUGCUUGGAGUGAUGAAGGAAGAAUCUUUUCGAGCAAGAACGAUACGGACGGUUAUACUUCCGGUUCAAGGCACGAAACGGGAAGUAGAUUUUCAACCUCCACCACCUGCAUUGCGUGAACCCGUCCAAAAGAUGGCGUCAGAGCACAAACAAUAACCCACCUUUUCAGUGUCUCUGUCGCUGUAAUAUGAAAACUAUUUGUUGAAUACAAAACAUUAUGGCCGGUAGCCUGGAAAAUUCUAAAAAUUAGCCGCAGGGUUCAAAGCAUGUGGAAAAAGUAGCGAAUUAUAGUCCGGGAAAUACAGUAAUAAAGCCUUGAUUAAGCCAUGAUCUCUAGGAAAGGUGCAAAAUAUGCCAUUUAGUUACAAUUGUGUGAAAAUAUCUGUAAUAUUUAUCAUCACAAACUAGGGGUCAUACUUGCCAACCCUCACGAUUUUUCCGGGAGACUCACGAAUUUCAGUACCCGUCCCGAAAAUCUCCCGUGGCAACCAUUCUCCCGAUUUCCACCCGGACAACAAUACAGGUCACACUGAGGGUGGCCAUAUAAACAACUUUAACACUGCUACAAAUAUGCGCUAAACUGUGAACCCACACCAAACAAGAAUGACAAACACAUUUUGGGAGAAUAUCCGCACCGUAACACAACAUAAACAAAACAGAACAAAUACCCAGAACCCCCUUGCAGCAUUGACUCUUCCGGGACGCUACAAUAUACACCUGCGCUACCACCAAACCCCGCCCCCCCAAGUCCAAUCCCCCCCCCAUGAAAAUGUUUUAGGCUAUUUCCAUGCAACCAGAAGGACCUUUUCUAAAUUGUAACCCGUUUUGAAUACGUUUCAUUAUAAUUAUUAUACCAAUUAAUACAUUGCGAGAAUCGGUUUGUAUCAAAAAUCAUGUUGAAUUGAGAAUCGAAUCGUAAUCGGAUCAUUAGGUGCCCAAAUAUUUACACCCAUAUCACAAACAGUUAAAAUGUUGAAUAUUUAAUAUUAAUAUUCUAACAUAUUGUCUUUUGAGACUUUUUAAUGUCUUUGCCAGCUUUACAAUAACAAUUUAGCAAGGGAAAAAAAUGUGCAAGUGCUUGUAGAAAUGUUUUAAUACAAGCCGUGUGUAUAAUUGUAUUUCAUAUUUAAUAUAUGCUAAAUGGAAGGAAGUGCCAUUAACACACAUUCAAAUAUACAACAUAGAGUGGAGAUUAUGAAAGGCUUUGGAACAAUAAAAAAGUGUGCAUCCAUAUAAAAUUGCACAAUAUUAUCAAAGAUAUAUAUAUAUAUUUUUUUUAUGAGUAAAAUGUGUGAAUAUUUCUAAUUAAUAUUUUGAACAAAAUGUCAAAAAUAGAUACUCACGAGUAACAAAAGGGUAGUAUAAACAAUUUGGCCUUGUAAUGAAUUUGCCUGAUCUUUUUCUACCAUUUAAAAAUAUUAUUUAAAGAAUAAUAUACAAAAAUUGCAUUCAUUUGGCUCGUAAUGAAUGAAAGACAAUGAUUCAAAUGCCCAUCCCUUGUCUUUAUCUCUGUUUUCCGCUACUUUUUUCUUCAUUUUUGUGCAAAACUGUUGUCUAUCACCCUCUUAAAUGAUGUGCAAAGUGUGCCAAUUAGUACAUUUCUAAGCUAUAUGUUUUUGUUUUUAUGAUUUCAUUCAAAACGCCAACGUAGAUGCUCUUCUCAGUAAGCUCAUCAUUUUUACUGGAUUUUUGUUUUCUACGUUCUGUUGCAUUUGCUGCCUCAUUACACAAUUUAUUUUUGGGAAACGGCUCACCAAAGUUGGACAAAUGAAGAUGGAUAAUACGUGCGUGCGUGUGUGUGUGAGUGAGUGUGUGAGUGUGGGUGUGUUUGUGAGUGAAGGUCCUAUUUGACAGUUAAUCAUAAAACGCAGUAUCGGUGCCACAUUUCCUUUCCUCUUUAAUGAUAACGCUGUUCCAGUAUGCAAAUGUAUUAUUUUCUAAGAAAUGCUAUUGCACUGUAAAUAUAAUAAUCAUUGUGAAUAUUUUUCUAUUAUUUCCUCGCAUCGCCGCGUUUUCUGUUCCCGAACUGACCUCCGCCGCCGCCGCCGCCUUUGUGUACGCGUCACGUGACCAGCCCACAUGUCUCCUAAGUUAUUUGCACGUGUUGAUUUUUUUUUUUUAAUUUUAACCAUCAUGUAUGUUCUUUUCCCAUCUCUGUAUUAUUUGUUUGCAUUUUGUUUCAAGAUGUUUGUAAUUGCGCUGGCUUAUGAGUGUAAUGUGAAUAUCAUUUUUUUCAAAGAUACCUACAGUAUAUCACAAAAGUCAUGAUAAUGUUUAUAUUUUUCUUUUUCUUUUUUAAAUCUGGCUUUUUUUUUAAACCCACAUGACGGUAUAUUUGAAUCCCUCUUUUUUUGUAAUUUAUUUUAUACUGUUUUAUUCUUUUUAAUAAUACUCUGUAAGGCUAGAAAUCCAAUGUCUCUCACUGUAGCAUGGCGCUAAUAAUUGUAAGCGUUCCAGUUCAACACACUGACAUGUUUCAAUCAGUGACAAAACACUGCCACAUUAUUAAUAUUUUUUACUUUCAAAUGAUGUUUGUUUUUUUUCAUACAAGUGAGCCACUUUUAGUGUGUUAGGGCAGCACCCUCAAUCUGUAGUUGCACAAUCACACGGAAAGACUCACAUCUCUUGUCAGAAUAAAAUAUAGAAAAUUGAGUGAAGUAACAUUAAGGGUGGUCACGUGUCCUAAGGAUGUGUGUAUAUAUGUACAAUGAAUAUAGAGACAUGUGGACAGAAAUGUAUUCAUGUUCCCUGGGAAUGUGCAUUGUUUCCUCAGAUUAAUAAUAAAAAAACAAGCUUGCAAACCUC